AUAAUAUGGAAUCUUUGCCGGAAAGUUCUGGAGGAACAAUGAGCGGACUAGAAAACCCCAUAUCAGAGAAUGGAGAGAAGCCAUUUUCAUGUCCAGAAUGUGGAAAAUAUUUUAGUCAGAACUCACAUCUUGUAAUUCAUGAGAGAACUCACACAGGAGAGAAGCCAUUUUCAUGUCCGGAAUGUGUGAAGAGUUUUAGUCAUAAAUCAAAUCUUAAAAAACAUAUAAAAACUCACACAGGAGAGAAGCCAUUUUCAUGUCCAGAAUGUGUAAAGACUUUUAGUCAAAAACCAAGUCUUGAAAUACAUAUGAGAACUCACACAGGAGAGAAGCCAUUUUCAUGUCCAGAAUGCGUGAAGUGUUUUAGUCAUAAAUCAAGUCUUGUGGAACAUAUGAGAACUCACACAGGAGAGAAGCCAUUUUCAUGUCCAGAAUGUGUGAAGAGUUUUACACAGAAAUCAAAUCUUGUGGAUCAUAUGAAGAUUCACACAGGAAAGAAGCCAUUUUCAUGUCCAGAAUGUGUGAAGUGUUUUACACGAAAAGAAAAUCUUGUGCAUCAUAUGAGAACUCACACAGGGGAGAUGCUAUUUUCAUGUCCGGAAUGUUUGAAGAGUUUUACACAGAAAGCAACUCUUGUGGAUCAUAUGAGAACUCACACAGGAGAGAAGCCAUUUUCAUGUCCGGAAUGUGUAAAGUGUUUUAGUCAUAAAUCAAGUCUUUUGGGUCAUAUGAGAACUCACACAGGAGAGAAGCCCUUUUCAUGCCCGGAAUGUGUAAAGUGUUUUAGUCAUAAAUCACAUCUUGUGGGUCAUAUGAGAACUCACACAGGAGAGAAGCCAUUUUCAUGUCCAGAAUGUGUGAAGUAUUUUAGUCAUAAAUCAAGUCUUGUGGAACAUAUGAGAACUCACACAGGAGAGAAGCCAUUUUCAUGUCCAGAAUGUGUAAAGAGUUUUACACAGAAAACAAAUCUUGUGGAUCAUAUGAAGACUCACACAGGAGAGAAGCCAUUUUCAUGUCCAGAAUGUGUGAAGUGUUUUACACGAAAAGAAAAUCUUGUGCAUCAUUUGAGAACUCACACAGGAGAGAAGCCAUUUUCAUGUCCAGAAUGUGUGAAGUGUUUUACACAGAAAGCAACUCUUUUACAACAUAUGAAGACUCACACAGGAGAGAAGCCAUUUUUGUGCUUGGAAUGUGCUAACUGUUUUACUACGAAAUCACAUCUUGUUAUUCAUCAGAGAAUUCACACAGGAGAGAAGCCAUUUUCAAGCUUGGUAUGUGGAAAUAUUUUAGGAUGA